AUGUCCUGGAAAGAUCAGCUCAAAAGAUUCAAAGGAGAAUGGGACAAAUUCAAUGCCGAACACAAUAUCUUACCUGGAAACCACUCACAACAGCCGCAAGCCCAACAACAAUACUAUCCUCAGCAACAGCAACAGCAGCAACAGCCGCAAUACAACCGCGCAUCUGCAGCACCUCAGUACAACCAGCAACCUCAACAACCUAUAAACACGAUCUACUGGCAAGCAAACUUCGACCCAAAUAUACCCAUCGAGGCAGAAUGGGAACCUAAACAAGGCAACAACAACGGCUGGGGCAACAACGAACUCGAAUUCUACACAGGCAACCCCGAAAACUGCUUCUACACAAAUGACCGAAAAUUGAUCGUCCGCGCCAUCGCCAACAACAACGCACCUGACCCGAGCCAAAAAUACACUUCCGCAAGACUGGUUUCACGCCAAAGACUCGCCAGAGAUCGAGGCGUACUCAGUGCAGUGCUUACCAGUCCAUGUGCUUCUGGGAUCUGGCCUGCGUUUUGGUUAUUGCCGUUUGAGCCCUUUGCAUGGCCCGGAGAUGGCGAGGUAGAUAUCAUGGAGACGUGGAAUGGGGAGAGGAAGAACCAUUCGUGUUUGCAUUGGGGUACUUAUACUGGUGAAGAUUGGAACAAGCAUAUUACGCAACAGACGCAGCUGGAUCACAUGCCGACUACGCCUAUUCGGUAUGAUUUUGCUUGGGAUCAGCCUGGUGGGCAGGCUGGUCAGGGCAGGAUGAUCUGGUAUAUUGAUGGUAGACCGGUCAUGAAGGCAACAGUACCUGGUGGUACGAGACCACUAAGGGACUUCACGAUCUUGUUGAAUGUGGCUAUGGGAGGCACGGUUGCUGCUGGGCAGAUCCCUAGAGAUGGCGGAUAUGAUCUAGUUGUGCAUUGGUUGGCUAUGAUGGACGAGCUGGAGAAUGGAGGCUGGGGACGUUUUGAGUCAGAUUGGGGGUAUGCACCGGAAGGGAAAGUAGGUUAA